CGCUGUGACUGUGGUAAUGAGAAGUUCCCAGGCUUCAGCUGCAGGCUUCAUGCGAACAAAGAUGGGAGAAACGUGAAGAACUCCUACAACCACAACUACUCCGGCCGCUACUGCUCCUGUGACCGGCCGUACCCCGACACAGACGACCAGGUGAAUGAUGAGAUGGUGCAGUGUGUGGUGUGUGAGGACUGGUUCCAUGAGAAGCACCUGCAGGCUCCUCCUCUGUGCUGUGAUUCGCUGACGGAGAUGGUGUGUGUGGGCUGCAUGAAGCGAGUGCCGUUCCUCUGGACGUAUGCGGCUCAUUUCUCAGUGUCUGCUGUGAACAGUGCAGUGUCCUCCAGGGAAACAACUGCAGCGAGUGUGUGCUGUCAGCAGGAGGCAGCGGCGGCGUCUGCAGAUGCAGGAGUGUGUGCUGCCUCUCCGCUGUGCUCUGGAUCUGGUGUGUGUGUGUUCACUAAGCUGAAGGACACAGAAACACACACUGAUCAGCACGGCUCCGUCUUCUGGCCCUACGACUGGAGGAGCAAACUCUGCACCUGCACCGACUGCAAGCGGAUGUAUGUGGCGUCAGGUGUUCAGUUCCUGCUGGACGAGUCGGACACUGUGCUGGCGUAUGAAGACAGAGCCAAGACUGAAGCGCUGAGGAGUGGAGGAGGAGUGCUGUCCUGUCUGAACACACUCACACACCAGCAGCAGCUCGACACACUCUACAGGCUGAAUGAAAUGAAGCAGGAGCUGUGCGAGUUUCUCCAGCAGUGCUCCGAGCAGAGUCAGCAGCUCACUCCUGAGGGUCUGCAGGAGUUUCUGGAGGGUCUGCGGGACAGAAAGAGGAGACGGCUGGACUAAAGAUCAGCAGAACAGAACAUCUGGACAUCAGGACUCUGCUGCUGCGCUGCUGCCGUUUCAGAUCAUAGACUGAGGAGCACUGCACCCUCAGCCAUAGAUAUCUGCAUUAGAUGUCGUCUACUGUGUUGUUGUCUAUUGGAAGGAUCGCGUCAAUAGAGCCGCCAUUUUAGUACAGGGUAGCGCUCCUUUGACAUGAAUGUGGGACGAAGCUGCAGUGGAGGACUGUGACCAUCUCGAGCCAGACACACACACACACACACACUCACACACACACACACACACACAUGUAUAUCUAUGAUGGGGAGUGUCCCGCUAAUAAAAGAAGUGUCUUUUAAACUGAUCAAGGUUUAUCCUAUAAGCAAUUAUUGUCAAAGUUUCACUCUAAUAUUGACGUCAGAUGCUGCUUUUGUCCGCUUCACUCUGAAACUGUUUCCUUUAUUUCAGGAGUGAUUACACUGAGCAGUUCUGGAAACAGUUCCUCUGUUACUGGUAAAGAAGUUAUUGCUGGUGAUUGUGAAUCUGCCUCUAAUAGCAGAAAUGCUGCUUUUGUUAUAAUUUUAAUUUAUUUUCUUUGCUAAUUCCAUAUCCACAAAUGCAGAUUUACUAAUACCACACUAUAUUUGACUGUGUUUUGGCAAGAAUACAGUGAUUAUUUAGACUUGAUUUCAUCUAAAAUAGGAAAGCAGUAGUUCAUUCCGCUGUGGCGACCCGGAUUAAUAAGAGACUGAAGCCGACAAGAAAAUAAUGAAUGAAAAUAGGAGAGCAAACAGAACAGUCUGAUGUUGUAAUGACUUCAUCCUGUGAUUUAUUCUUAAAUGUCUGACCCUCAGGUUUAUAUCUUGUUCUUUAUUCAUCUCUCUCUCUCUCUCUCUCAUUGAUAAUGUGUUUCAUAUUCUGUAUUGUAAACAAAAUAUUUCUACAAACUUGUCAACUGUUUUUUUGCAAAUAAAAAAGAAAAGAAAAGAA